AUGGCUGCCAAGAUAGGGUUCAAGCCGUCGACGGGUGGCCUGGAGGUUUUGAACAGCGACGAACCCACCACCUCUACUGCUACAGCCUCUCCGCCCCAUCGCCAGGGAGCCACACCCGGUGCACAAAAGUCCGAGGCGGGUCACUCUGGCCUCGCGGCCGUCCCUUCUAACACCGCGCCCGGUCAGCCGGUUGCUGCAGCAUGUGUUACUACAGCAGCAGCGGGCCUGCCAGGUAUCGCGGAAGGUGCUCUUCGAGCUUCAGCGGCGCAGCCAGGUGCACCUGCUGGUGCUCUUCCAUCUGCUCCAAGUCAGCCAGGUGCCUCUGCCGGUGCUCAGGCAGCUGGGGUUGGACAGCCAGGUGCAGCAGCGGUUAAGCCAGCAUCGGCAGGAACUCUGCCAGGUGCAUUUCCUGCAUCUGCUGCUGGUCAGACAGGCGCAGCAGCCGGUUUUCCUACCGUCCCGGCUGGUCAGACAGGUGCAGCAGCCGGGGAUCCAACCUCCUCCAUGGGUCAGACAGGUGUAGCUACCGGUUUUCCAACAGGAGCCGCGGGUCCGGCAGGUCCAGCAGCAGGUGUUCCUACAUCAUCUGCCGGUCACGCAACUGCAGCAGCCGGUGUUCCGGCAGCCGCCGCGGGUUUGGGAGGUGCAUCGGCCGAUGUUCCAGCACCAGCAGCGUACCCGCCAGGUGGAUCAGCCGGUGUUCCUACAGCAGCGUCUGGUCAGCCACCUGCAGGCCUUGGUGUUCCAACAGCGGCCGCAUCACAGCCAGGUGCUGCACGCGUUGCUCCGACGCCAUCUCAUGCGCUGCCAGACGCGACCGCGUGGGAUCCAGUGUCAUACGCGCCCGGUUCGACUGCGUGGGCCCCUGGAGUAGAGGCACGGGCUCAAGCUGCCACGGGGCGGCCUAUCAGCGCAGCUGCGGUUCAGCCCAGAAACGAUGCGUGGGACCUAGUGGGACCGCACACGGAACUCACCAUGUUUCACAGAGGUGUGCAGGUCCAGGGUGCUCAAGGGUCGGAAGCGGCGGCGGACACUGGUAGGGCACCUGCUGUUCAAAUGGGUUCUUCAGCAUGGUCUUCGGGGGAACAAUUUUUUGCCCCCUCUGCCUUUCCACCCGGGGCGCAUAUGCAGGGAGCAUGCGCACCAUCUGCGGUGGGGUUUGCGCAGCAUGCAGGUGCUGUUCAGCCGGUCACCCCAGCAUCCACCGCACCAUCAUGGCCGAUUGGCCAUGCUCUGCAACCUCCCAACGCGGUAUACCUCGUAUCUGGACAGCCUCACGCCUUCGUGCAACUGCCACUGUUGACGCAUCGCCCCCCGCUGCAUCAUGAUGCUACUUUACUCGCCUCUGAUGAGGUGCUCGACAAUGCCAGCUGCCAACCUGCUCGCACAUCCGCGUCUCGUGGUCUGGGUCUAUCGAGCAUGCUCUCCGGUUUCAUGCAGGUGUCCCACCAGGUACUGCCCUCAUCGGCAGCCUCCUCAUCUAUGGUGCCCUCGACCCAGGGAGGGGAGAACGGCGAGGUGCCCGGCAAAAAGGGGUGGACGGGCGUCACAAAGAAGCUGGACAAGGACGAGUGGAUCGGUAGGAUCGUCCUAGACCGUGCAUCACAGUCGCUGAUCAUCAUCAACAGCCACUUUGGAACAGAGGAAGAGGCGGCAAGGUCAAUAGCCACAACGUCGCACGUGAUGUUCAUUGACAAGCCAACGCGUGGGGAUCUCAUUUCCUUGACUGCCGACGACAAGGCAAAGCUCAGAGAGUGUUCGGCGCACCAGUGUGAGGUGAUGGUCCGGAUGAAGUUCUGGCACAUGUGGGAGGAGUGGAGGAAGUAUUGGCCUGCGGCUAAGGCAAAGUGGGACGCGAAAAUGUGCAGGGAAGAACGUAAGAGAGCUGCAAUAAAGGCCAGCUUGGAUGAGGAUGAUGCUUGGGCCGACAAAAUGGCCCGAACGAAAGGUGAAGUAAAUGCCGGGGCUGAGACUGCAUAUCAACAGGAGGGGUCGGGAUCUAAGAAUGCAUAG